UGUUCCCUUUUUUUUUCUUCUCCAACGUCGCUCGAAUCUCCUCCAAUCGACUUUGCCUACAUCUCAUCCCUCUACGUCGAUCUCGAUCCCGAUCACCAUCAUCUCUCCACUCUCCGGUGACUUUCACCGUACACGUCACCUUCUCGAUUACACACAUUUCACUAGUUACGGAGAUCUUCAAACCUAUCUCCAUCGAAUCCCGCAGCUGCGUCGUAGCUCUGAUCAGCUCGAGAGGAAGGAGAUCUAGUUCUAGCUCCCCGCCUCCAGAACCUAAUCCGAUCUGAGUUUUAGUCGAGAGGAAGAAUGGUGGAGCCGCCGGUGAACUCUUCUUCGCUAGGGAAAAUGCUAUUGGAGGAGGUGAGUCCAGUGGUCAUGGUUCUCUGCACGCCUCUCGUUGAAGAGACUUUCCUCAAGAAUGGUCUAUCCUUUGUGGAAACGCUUAAGCCCUUCUGCAACUUCAGUAACAUCGAUGUUCCUGUUCGGACCUCAGGCGAUCAGCUUUAUCGUCUAAAGAGGUUUACGCUGAGGUUGUUUAAUGCCUCAGAUAUCAGACAACCUAACGUAGAGGUUGCAAAGCAACGGCUACUACAUGUUAUUACUCAAGCUGGGGAGAAGGUUUUUCACGAUUUGAAAUCUGACCCUCCUCAAAUUACUGAUAUACUCUCUAAUCCAGAGUCUGAAAUUGCACCCACAUGGUUUCAGUAUUACAAUAAAGAACUUAUCCGUACCUUGUCGUUUUCAGACCAUGAAGCGUUUGAUCAUCCUGUGGCUUGUCUCUUGGUCGUUUCAUCAAAAGACGAAGACCCUUUAAAUAAAUUUGUAGAUCUUUUCAAUACCAAUAGAUUACCUUCUCUGCUUAAUGAUGGGAUCAUGGACCCAAAGAUUUUGAAGCAUUACUUAUUGGUGCAUGACAAUCAAGAUGCAACAACAGAGAGAACGUCUAAAGUCCUGUCUGAGAUGAGAAGUACGUUUGGAAAUAAUGAAUGCAACUUACUUUGCACUAAUUCAUCUAAAGAGGGGAACAUAGAACACCAGGCUAAUCCCUGGGCUUCAUUUAAAUCAAGUGUCCCGGCUGAAAAACUUGGAUGUGCUCUUACUGGCGACGAUAUUGUGGAGAUCAAAGAUCUGAUGCAAGAGUUUGCUUCCAGGCAUAUAAUUCCAUACAUGGAGCAGAAAGUCCGAGAUCUUAAUCAACAGAUUUCUGCAACAAGGAAAGGACUUAGAAACCAGAUAAAGAACUUAUGGUGGAGAAAAGGAAAAGACGAUAUUCCGGAUUCGACUAAAGGUUCUAUCUAUACCUAUAGCUCCACCGAAUCUCAAAUCAGAAUUUUGGGUGACUACGCCUUCAUGUUGCAUGACUAUGAACUUGCAUUGUCUAGCUAUCGCUUAAUAUCAACUGAUUACAAGCUCGAUAAAGCUUGGAAGCACUAUGCCGGUGUCCAGGAAAUGAUGGGACUCGCAUAUUUCAUCUCAGACCAGUCAAUAAAGGAAGCUGAGUACUGCAUGGAAAAUGCAUCCAGCACUUAUAUGCAGAAACUUGGGAAGUCUGGCUUUCAAAAUGCUACUAGAUGUGGGCUCUGGUGGGCAGAGAUGCUAAAGGCUAGAGACCAGUACAAAGAAGCGGCUUCUGUUUACUUCCGCAUAUGUGGAGAGGAACCAUUGCACGCUGCAGUCAUGUUAGAGCAGGCUUCUUACUGCUUCGUGUUAACUAAGCCAGCGAUGCUACACAAGUAUGGAUUUCAUCUAGUUCUCUCAGGAGACCACUAUAAAAUCUGUGAUCAGGUUAACCAUGCAAUUCGUACAUAUAGAAGCGCGAUCUCUGUUUAUGAAUCAACUACUUGGAGCCAUAUCAAAGACCAUGUUUACUUUCAUAUUGGACAGUGGUAUGCAAUUGUCGGGAUGAAUGAUGUUGCAGUUAGAAACAUGCUCAGAGUACUGGACUGUGGAAACCAGUCCAAGUCUACCCAAGAGAUUUUUCUCAGAGACUUUUUCAACAUAGUUAAGAAAACUGGAAUGAAGCACGAGGUGGUGGGACUUCGACUACCAGUUAUUAAUAUGUCGUCUCUUCAAGUUAUAUAUGAAGACCAUCGCACUUAUGCAUCUCAAGCUUCUGCUCUUGUAGAAGAGAGCAUUUGGCAAUCAUUGGAGGAUGAUAUCAUUCCAUCGUUAAACUCUGGCAAGUCAAACUGGUUGGAGUUACAGUCAAAGCUACUGCCUAAGAAAUACAAGGAAUCAAAUGUUUGUGUCGUUGGAGAGUCAGUGAAAUUGGAUCUGGAGUUUAGGAAUCCACUGCUAAUCUCUACUUCCGUUACAAGCGUCUCUCUCAUCUGUGAACUUACCGCAAAUUCGGAUGACUUAAAAUUGGUAGAUAAAGAGCCAAGUAGCUUAAGCUUGGAGACCGAACACAAUCAGGUUGCAACCUCUGGUUUCUCUUCUUUCACCUUGUCUGAAGUGGACUUCACAUUAGGCGGAGGCGAGAAAAAGUUGGUGAGGCUCACAGUUACCCCCAGUGAAGAAGGUAUCCUCAAAAUUGUCGGUGUAAGGUGGGAGUUGUCUGGCUCCAUUGUAGGCGUGCAUUACUUCCAAUCUGUGCCUACAAAGGCAAAAACUAACAAAGCAAGAAAGAAAAACAAACUUACUCCCACUGAUGCCUUGAAAUUUUUGGUCAUUAAGAGUCUACCCAGGCUUGAGGGUUCAAUUGAUCAUCUGCCUGAGAAAUUGUAUGCUGGAGAUCUUCGUUAUCUUGUUUUAGAGUUAAAAAAUAGUUCAGAAUCUCCAAUAAAGAAUCUUAAAAUGAAGAUUAGCCAUCCAAGAUUUGUAAAUCCUGAAAGUCAUGAAGAAGAGCUGACACCCGGAUUUCCAGAUUGCUUAAGGAAGGGCCAUGAACAAAAUACUGUCCAGCGUGUAACAAGUAGAACUAGUGUAUUUGCAUUUCCAAAGGAUGUAUCACUGCAAGGAGACCGAUCUUUGAGGUGGCCUCUUUGGCUUCGAGCUGCCACCCCUGGAACGAUAUCUUUGUAUUUCACAAUAUACUACGAGAUGGAAAAUGUAUCAAGCAUCAUGAAGUAUCGCACCCUAAGGAUGCAUUAUAAUUUAAAGGUAUUACCAUCUCUUGAGACCUCGUUCGAAAUCACCCCCUCUCCAUCAAGAUUGCAAGAAUUUCUUGUGCGUAUGGAUAUCGUGAACCGUGCGAAUUCAGAGUCUUUCGAAAUUGAUCAGUUGUCAACAGUUGGGUGUCGGUGGGGUAUCUCGUUGCUUCAGCCUGUUGAUACAAUCUUACCUUCCAAGUCUCUACUUCCUGGGCAAGCUUUAUCAUGUUUCUUCAUGAUUAAGGAUUGCAGAAAACCCGGGACUGAAGAAGAGAAAACCAUGUCUAUUCCUCUUAGCCAAAGCGACAUAAAACUGAUUACUCAGGAUGACGAUGAAAAGCUUUUUGAUAUCGUUAACUCACCUUUAGCAAGCUUCCAUGAAAGCGAAAGGUCAUUUAGUGGAACCUCAGAUCCGUCAAGUCCGGAUACGGUUGACUUCAUUCUAAUAUCUCGCCUAGCAAAAUCCAGCAAUCCAUCAGCAGUGUCAGAUAUACCAAAGAUUCUGUCUCACGAUUCAUGUCAUAAUAGAAUCAAGAGCUCAAUCCCGCUCUCAUGGUCACUAGACGGUCCCAAAACCAUAAACCACGAUUUUUCGACCUCCUUGUGCGAAAUCAAACUAAAGAUGGUAGUCAGAAAUACAUCUGAUGGAUUUUUAUCUGUGAGCAUCAACACCAUUGAUGGCGGCCUACCAGAUACAUCAGCACCAACUCCUUCCUCUGGAAACCAAUCCGGGUGGCGCUACGUGCCAGCCAUAACAGAGGAAAUGAAACUAACUUCAGACGUCAUGGGAAGCCGCCUGGGCAAACCACCAGCUUCGAUGGAAAGCUCGCCUCCUUUCAUAUGGUCAGGUUCAAGUUCCACUAAGGUCAAAAUCCAGCCAUUGUCCACAACAGAGAUCCCCCUGCAGAUAUCGGUUUUCUCUCCUGGUGUCUACAAUCUCUCUUCGUAUACACUUAUAUGGGAGCAUGAAAACGCUUCAUCAUCAACAUCAUCAGGGACAUGCCAAGGCUAUCCUUGUUACCUUACUGUUCUUCAGUCUGAGUGAGCUUUCUCUCUUUCUAUAAAAGAUUUGAUGUGUCCAUUAGUAAGCAAGAGAAUCUUCUAAUGUGUCACAUUGUCCUCUGUGUAUUCAUAUCUUACUGGUCCUUACGAAUGAGUUUUCAAUUUUGAUUGUAGCAAGUUGUUGUCAUGAAAUGGUUUCGAAAGGAGAAAGACAUUACGCCAAAUGGUGAAUCUUACUUUUGUUUGUGGAAUAAAAGAUUAGAGAGAUUAUGGUGGCCC